AUGUCGUUGGAUCCCUCGAUAUCCCACCGUAUCGACAGAAGUCCCAAGCUAUCCAGCCUGUGCACCAACGUCAAAGUCGAAGAUCAGACCGAGACCAUGACCGUCAGCCUGUCGAACAACAUAUCGACGAAGAGACAGAUGAGAUCCCCGAAACGCUCAAUACCGCACCGGUUGUAUCUCAAAAGAGGCUUCCAGCUUUUCGGCAAGCGGUUCCGGAAGACCGACCACAUCGAUCUGAUGAAGUCCAUCAUCGGCGCUCCGUCGAGCAAGUCAUGGACAGAGACAAUACAAAUGUCACUGAGCCUCUCGAUCCGUUGUUGGCUAGAUACCGGCAGGAAACGCAAGCCUUUCAGCCCGUUCGUCCACGUCAAGGUCGUCGGCCAGACCACCACCGCUCGGCAGAACAACACAUUGAAGGAAACAAUGAUGAGGCAUCUGAGCCUGUAA